AAGAGCUACUUUCUUGCCUGUCUUUCUAGAGAAUCAAGGGACAUGACAAAUGGCACGACCAUCACAGAGUUCAUCCUUCUAGGCUUUCCUGAUACCCAAGGACUACAAAUCCCUCUCUUUCUCAUGAUCUUUUGCAGCUACAUAUUAACCCUUGCAGGCAAUGGGCUCAAAAUUGCCAUUGUCUGGGCCGAGCCCAGGCUACAAAUACCAAUGUGCUUCUUCCUUUGCACCUUGUCCUUCCUAGAGAUCUGGUUCCCUACCACGGUCAUUCCCAAACUAUCAGAAACGUUUGUGGUGGCAAGAACAGCUAUCUGCAUCCCCUGCUGCUUCUUCCACUUUUUCCUGGGAACCACUGAGUUCUUUAUCUUCAUUGUCAUGUCUUUUGACCAUUACCUGGCCAUCUGCAAGCCCCUUCGCUACCCCACCAUUAUGACCAGCAACCUCUGACUGCAACUUGCCCUCAGCUCCUGGGUGGUAGGCUUUACCAUCGUCUUUUGUACGAUGCUACUGCUCAUCCGGUUGCCAUUCUGUGGCAACAAUGUCAUCAAUCAUUUCUACUGUGAUGUUGGUCCCAUUUUGAAAGCAGCCUGCACAGACACAAGCAUUUUGGAGCUCCUGGGUCUUUUGGCGACGGUCCUGGUGAUCCCAGGGUCACUCCUCUUCACAGCGAUUUCUUAUAUCUGUAUGCUGUCCACCAUCCUACAGAUCCCUUCAGCCACUGGCCAACAGAAGAUUUUCUCGACCUGUGCCUCCCACCUGACAGCAGUCUCCCUGCUCUAUGGUGCCGUUUUGUUCAUGUACCUGAGAUCCACAGCACACUCUUCCUUGAAGAUUAAUAAGGUGGUGUCAGUGCUAAACACUAUCCUGACACCCCUUCUGAAUCCCUUCAUUUAUACAAUUAGAAACGAGGAGGUGAAAGCAGCCCUAAGGAAGGCAAUGGCUUGUCCAAAGACUCAUCGUCCAGAGGAAAACAUGCGACACAUCAAAUGA